CUUUUUAAGAAUCAGAAGAGAGAGAGAGAGAGAGAGAAACAGACAGAUAGAGAUAUUGAGAGAGAGAGAGAGUUGGCCCAGCAGCGGAUCGACGACGAUGACGAUGACGAUGAAGACGAUGAUGAUCUGAUUCUCUCUCCUUUUUUAUAGCUUCCUCUCUCUCUAUCUAUCUCUCCCAUGGCGUUUCGACUCUAUCCCACACUUGAGAUUUUUUCUCUCUCUUUCGCUGCUCCUUAUUUUUAGUAUUAUCUCACAGAGAAAAAACACUUUUAUAAUAUAUAUUUUUUCUCAUUUGUAUAAUUUUUUUUUUUUAUUGUCGCCGAUUUGGGAGUGAGUGUAAAGAUCCUUCUCUCUCUCUCUCUCCCUUCUAAUCGAAUGAGCGAUUAGAGAAGAUUUGUGUGUGUCUCUCUCUCUCUCUCACAGAUGAAUUAGGUUUGAAGCAUUUGACUGAAAUCGAUCUCACCUUCUUUACUGUUCAUUUCAUCGAAUGGGAGAAACAGUUCAUUGUGAAAGCUUCUUACCCUCAAUGAGGGAUUUAAGUGAAGAUUCAAACAGUUGUAGCUAUUCUAUGCUUUUUGCUGGAGAUAAAAACUUGCCUUAUGGUGCUGGUGGGAACUACCAUCAUAGUGUCUCUGCGAGAGCUGCAACGGAUCCUUCUUACUCUGAUUUCUUGAAACAGACCAUGCUUCAACACGAGGCCGUUUUCAAGACUCAGGUUUUUGAGCUUCAUCGUUUGUAUAGAACACAGAAGAGUUUGAUGGAUGAAGUAAAGGGAAAAAGUUUUAUUGAGCCUACACCCGAAAGUGCGAUUAAACGAGAGCUUCCUGGAUUUCUUUUAGGGAAUUCCAUGUGUGAUGAAGGAAGCAGCUCUCAAGUUUGCAAUGCUCCUUUGCUAAAUGGGAUUAGUUCAAAGGACCAUGAGGAGGUGGCUGAGGUUAGACCUGUCAAGGUUAGAAGAACAAUGAUUGAUCUUCAACUCCCUCCUUAUGAGCAGUCGAAAACAGAUGAACAAGUUGAAGAAAAGCUCUUCUUCGAAAGAGGGACUGCUUCUCAUCUGAACGAUUCUUCUGGAUCUUCUUUGUUAAUGAAGAAUCGAAAUGGGCUAACUGACUUGAACGAGCCAGUCCAAUGCCAAGAAGAAUCAGUACCUGUUUCUACUUCCAGGGACUUAUAUUCUUCUCUUUACGGAAGAAACAUUAAGCAUGUGCAAGGCCAGUGGAUGGAUAAAAAUACAAGUCAAUAUGGUUGGAUGGUUCUUGAAGCUGGUCAUGGAAAAAGCUUUCCAAAUGACAAGUUAUGUUUGCCUUCCCAUUCGGGACAAGGUGUUUCAAACAGUGCAUUUCAACCUCUGGGCUAUCCUUCAACUGAUCAGCGGAAGUUAUCGGGGGAAUGUGCAUCAUCUGAAUGGGAAGCUCGUCAAAGGAACCCUGAAGUCUCCUACAAUAGCUAUGUGGAAUCAAGUGUGGCAUCAAAUGUUCCAAGCUCGAAUCAUGGCUACCACCCUGAAUCAGUCAGACCUUGGAGCCAUUGGAUUUCAUCAUGGGAGAACCGAAGUAGUAGCUCAGUUCAGAAACCCAUGCCACUCCAAACGAAUCCAUUCUUGAAUUUUAAUGCACAACCAAGAGCAGAUUCGAGUUCUGAGCCGAGAAGAAACGGGCUUUACCAAGGCUUCUCUUCAGGAUUGAAGGAAACUGCCUAUAAUUUUCCAUCAGGAAAUUCUAACUAUCUUAACAACGGCCCAAAAGGUGCAGUUACAAAUGGUUCUUUCAGUGAGGUUUUGAAGCAUCAGAGUCUUGAAAACCUUCAAGGACCAAAAAAGCAGGAGUGCUCUGCUGGGUUUCCCUGGAUAAAACCUAAGCCCCCUAAUAAAAAUGGAAUCACCAAUGGGGGCUUGGAUUUGAAUGCUUCUGCAAAUGAAUUCAUGGAUGGAAGUGAGGAGAAUGACAACUUGAAUAAUGUAUAUCCUAACAAUGGUUUGAGGUCUGUUUCAUGUUCAACUGACGCCAACUUGGGACAUGUUCAAAUGGCUGAUUCACAGAGUAUUAGAAAGAUAUUUGGGUGCCCGAUCCCUCAGAAGCAUUCUAUUUGUGAGGAGCACCCUUCCCUUUUUCCUUCUUCUGUCUCUAUCACCAAUCAACCCAAGAAAGUUAACACCUUGGUGAAGAGAAACCUCGAUAUCAACCUGCCAUGUGAAGCCUCAGUUUCUGAAGCUAUUGUCGUAGACAAUGGAAAAGGUAAAAAAGCUGCCACUUACAGGCAGCACAUUGACUUGAAUUUCUGUGCUAACGAGGAUGAAGAUUCCAGCUUAUGUUCUAAUCCAAGAGCGGAAACAAGAGCAACUUUUUUGAUAGACUUGGAAGCUCCCCCAAAUCUUGAGAGUGAAGAAGGAGGGGAGAAAAUUCCAGAGAAAAGAGGUGAAGACACUUGGGUAUCGGAAGCUGGAGAUUCAGUGGAUGAAUUCAUUAAGGCAGCAGCAGAAGCUAUAGUUACCAUCUCACUGUCUCCCCAUUGGCGCAAUACUGAUGACGCUGCUUCCUCUUCGACCGAUGCAGUUGCCAAGGACCCGCUCUCUUGGUUUGUGAACACAAUAGCUUCUUGUGGCAAUGAUUUAGAGAAAAAGAUUGCCUGUUUGGAAACCAGAGAUUGUGAAGGCUGCCCUGAAGAAUGUUCUUCAGGGGAGUUUGAUUAUUUCGAGUCAAUGACUCUGAACUUACCCCAGACCAAAGAAGAAGACUACAUGCCAAAGCCUUUAGUCCCAGAAUAUCUGAAAUUCGAUGAGAACGGUUCUACGGGUAUCACAGCUAACCGGCCAAGAAGAGGACAAGCAAGACGAGGAAGACCAAGGCGGGAUUUCCAAAGGGAUGUUCUCCCAGGCCUUUCUUCUCUAUCCAGGCUUGAAGUAACCGAAGAUCUUCAGAUGUUUGGAGGACUUAUGAAAGCCACAUGCUACAAUUGGAACUCAGGAGUGGCCCGAAGGAGCUCAAACCGAGGAAGAAAACGACUGGUCAACAACAUUGACAGAGCUCCGGUUUGCUCGUCUUUGGCACAGCCAGUUAGUAACAACAGUGUACAAAUGGUGGGAUUGGAAGAUAGGAGCCUUACAGGAUGGGGAAAUGCGACUAGAAGGCCAAGAAGACAAAGAUGCCCUGCAGGUACUCCCCCAACUGUGAUCCUAACGUAAAGUUUUUUCAUGAAAUAAAUCCGAUUUUCACGGUUUGAGGAACGUUGUAGAGGGAACAAAACCAGAGAAAGUAACAAUGGACAAAAACUGAUUCAGCGAACGAUGUCUUUUUAUUUUCAAUCACCCCAUGUUUAUGGGUGUUGGUUGCCCUUUGUAUAUCUUAUCUUCUCUUAGAAGGGCCAAAGAAAAGACAAACAUGAUUGAUUUGUAUUAGGCUGGUCGGUUAUUACAAAAUUUGCAUCUGUUUUCUA